AUGGGGGGAGUGAAGCCGGUCGGCAGCGAUCCAGAUUUCCAGCCCGAGCUGAGUGGGGCGGGCUCCAGACUUGCUGUGGUCAAGUUCACCAUGAGAGGGUGUGGACCAUGUUUGAGGAUUGCUCCUGCAUUCAGCUCUAUGAGUAAUAAGUAUCCACAGGCAGUUUUCCUGGAAGUAGAUGUACAUCAGUGCCAGGGAACAGCUGCCACCAACAAUAUAUCAGCAACACCUACAUUUUUGUUUUUUCGAAACAAAGUGAGAAUCGAUCAGUAUCAAGGAGCAGAUGCUGUGGGACUAGAAGAGAAAAUCAAGCAGCAUCUAGAAAAUGAUCCUGGAAGCAAUGAGGACACAGACAUUCCGAAGGGCUAUAUGGAUUUAAUGCCUUUCAUUAACAAAGCUGGCUGUGAAUGUCUUAAUGAAAGUGAUGAGCAUGGUUUUGACAACUGUUUACGAAAAGACAUGUCCUUCUUGGAAUCUGAUUGUGAUGAGCAGCUACUUAUUACUGUGGCAUUCAAUCAACCUGUCAAGCUUUAUUCCAUGAAAUUUCAAGGACCAGAUAAUGACUUUCAUUGGUACUCCAGUCCAGGCAACAAAUAUGAAUGACUUCAAACGAGUAGUUGGCAAAAAAGGAGAAAGCCAUUAGGGUACAAAAGACACUGGAAGACUUACUGCAGUCAGAUUUGCAGCUCCUGGAUAAUUGCUUGAUUCUCUUCGGAAACUGUUAAUCUUUUAUUUGUUGCCAUUACCAAUAAAUCAUUGCUUUUGUUCAGAUGGCAUCACUUGUGUUUCUAUUGUAAUCUUGAUACAUGCAGUUGUAAAUAAAAGUCAUUACUUUUGCCAAGCUUAAA